UGCCUUAAGCCCGGGACUUUUUUUAGUGGGCUGCUGCUCCUGAGAAGCUUGCUGCCGUGUGUGGGCGAGCCCAAGAUACAGCGGUGCAGCUUUUGCCUGAGCUGGAAGGGCAGUGCCCACGGGUGAGUCAAGGGGUGGCAGCUCCUGCCCAGGCUCCAUGGUUUUUCCCCGUGGGAACAGCACCCCCGGUGCAGUGACAACCCUGGGGACAGCGGGCUGGACUUUGUCCCUUGCGAGAACCUCCUUUUUAAUCCUUUUGCUCCUGUGGGGAGGUCGGCUGCAGAGUCUCGGGUAUUCGGAGCAGGAUGCCAAUGUGCUGCCCUGAAUCUUUUCUUUCCACGGCUGUCUGAUGAAAGACUCCGGGACUUCUGAGCAGUAAAAAUCUGUCUCCUCGUGUUAUAAAGUUGUUCCCGUGGUAGAUUUCAGCCGUUCCCUUUCAGACAUGCCCAGCUCCCGCAAGCUUCAGGCAUGGCUGCGGCUCUACGGCUACCUGCCGCAGCCCAGCCGGCAGAUGUCCACCAUGCGCUCGGCUCAGACCUUCUCCUCGGCCCUCGCCGAGAUGCAGAAGUUUUACGGCAUCACCGUCACCGGCGUCCUGGACGAGGAGACCAAGGCGUGGAUGAAACGUCCUCGCUGCGGGGUCCCGGACCAGUUUGGGGCACGGAUGAAGUCCAACAUGCGGCGGAAGCGGUACGCGCUGACGGGGCGGCGCUGGAGCCAGAGCCAUCUCACCUUCAGCAUCCAAAACUACACCGAGAAGCUGGGUCGAUACCACUCGUACGAGGCCGUCCGCCAAGCUUUCCGGGUGUGGGAGCAAGCCACGCCGCUGGUUUUCCGGGAGGUGCCCUACGAGGACAUCCGGCAGAAGCGGAAGAAGGAGGCCGACAUCAUGGUGCUCUUCGCCUCCGGCUUCCACGGAGACAGCUCCCCCUUCGACGGCGUUGGGGGGUUUUUGGCUCACGCCUAUUUUCCCGGUCCUGGCAUGGGGGGGGACACGCAUUUUGACUCGGAUGAGCCCUGGACGCUGGAGAACACGGAUGUGUCUGGGAACAACCUUUUCUUGGUGGCCGUGCACGAACUGGGGCACUCCCUGGGCUUGGAGCACUCCAGCAACCCCAGCGCUAUCAUGGCCCCCUUCUACCAGUGGAUGGACACGGAGAACUUCCAGCUGCCCGAGGAUGACCUCAAGGGCAUCCAGCAGCUGUACGGUACCGCAGACGGGCACCCUCAGCCCACCAAACCUUUGCCCACCGUGACGCCCCAGAGACCUGGCAGGCCAGACAAGAGACCCCCUAAACCGCCCCCCCCGGGGAAACCGGAGCGACCCCCCAAACCUGGCAGCCCAGACCGACCUGACCAGUACGGCCCCGACAUCUGCGACGGGAACUUCGACACGGUGGCAGUGCUGCGUGGGGAGAUGUUUGUGUUCAAGGGCCGGUGGUUCUGGAGGGUCCGGCACAACCGGGUGCUGGACAACUACCCCAUGCCCAUCGGGCACUUUUGGAGGGGCCUCCCCGGGGACAUCGAUGCUGCCUACGAGAGGCACGAUGGGAGGUUCGUCUUCUUCAAAGGUGACCGGUACUGGCUCUUCCGAGAAGCCAACCUGGAGCCCGGGUACCCGCAGCCCCUGGUCACCUACGGGCAGGGCAUCCCCUACGACAGCAUCGACACGGCCGUCUGGUGGGAACCCACGGGGCACACCUUCUUCUUCCGUGGGGACAGAUACUGGCGCUUUAACGAAGACACCCGCUCGGUGGACCCCGGGUACCCGAAGCCCAUCUCCGUCUGGGUGGGCAUCCCUCCCUCGCCCAAGGGUGCCUUCCUCAGCCCGGACGCCUCUUCCACCUACUUCUACAGAGGCACAAAGUACUGGAAAUUCGACAACGAGCGGCUCAAGACGGAGCCGGGUUAUCCCAAAUCCAUCUUACGGGACUUCAUGGGCUGUCACACGGAGCUGGUCCCGGACCCCCAUCCCCGCUGGCCCGACGGGGACCGGCCCCCCUUCAACCCUGACGGGGAUGGGGAUGGGCGGGCCGAAGAUGAGGAAGAAGAGGAGGAGGAGGAGGAGGAGGAAGACGAGGAGGAUUACGGCGAGGGCGGCCGCCAGCCGGGCGGGGACGUGGACGUGGUGGUGCAGAUUGACGAGUACACGCGCACCAUGAGCGUCGUCAUGGUGCUGGUGCUGCUGGUGCUGCUGCUCUGCAUCCUCGGCCUCAUCUACGUCAUCGUCCAGAUGCAGAGGAAGGGCGCGCCCCGAAUGCUCUUGUACUGCAAGCGCUCCUUGCAGGAGUGGGUCUGACCCCGGCUCCCUCCCCCAACCGCCCCACCACCAUGGUGCUAAGGAUGGACCUGACCUCCCCCUCCCCUUGCCCCUCCCCACGGCCCCGACCCCUCUUGCCCCAUUGUUGCUUGAUGGCUCCGGCUUCAGAAAAGGGGGGGAUGCCCAACCCCCCCAGCCCCCCCAGAGCAGCCGGGCUGGGACUGGGGGAUGCUCACGGGGUGGGGGGGCUGGAGGGUGUCCAGGUCCUGCCUGCUCCCUGGCGCUCGCCCCCCUCCCCAGCCGUCACCCUCAGGUUGCCACCCAUCGUCUUGUACCCCCCUCUGCCACGGGGGCCCGGCAGGGUCCUUCGUCCCGCGUGAACCCGCUGGCCUGUGCCUGUGCCGCAUGGGGUGGUGAGCAGGUUGGGGGCUGCUCACAAGUGCUACGAGCUGGCAGGUCUCAGCUGCCGCCACCUGCGAUGGCAGGGAAGCGGGAGGGGAAGGGAGGGCCGAGCUCCCGGCCAUGUUUCCUGUUGAAUUGUGGGGAUAGGGGGAUGUGGUGCCUAAAAAUAGCGUGAGGGGGGAGAUGCCACCUUUGCAACCCCGCUGCGGGCUCAGCUCAGCCCGGACCCUGCCGCCGCCGUGGGGCGAAGCCUUGGGCACGCGUGGG